CUCUCUCUCUCUCUCUCUCUCUCUCUCUCUCUGUAUCGAUCGAGCUCCUCGUUCUACGUAGCCAUGGCGAGGUCUCUUCGUCGUAGCGCCCUCCCUCUCAUGGCGGCGGGGCCCUCACUCGCCGCCUCCCUCCGCCGCCGCCUCCUCCUCGGCCGCCGCCCCUUCUCCGGCGGCGCCGCCGCCGCCCCCGACGCCUCCGCCGCCGCCCCCGCUACCGUCCCCGGGCGCAAGGUGCUGGAGACGUUCCGAGAGGAGUUCGAGAUCGGCUCCCGCCUCAUCUCCCUCGAGACGGGAAAGGUCGCGCGGUUCGCCAACGGAUCCGUCGUUCUCGCCAUGGGCGACACCCACGUCCUCUCCACCGUCGCCUGCGCCAAGGGCAGCGAUGCCGCUCGCGACUUCCUCCCCCUCACCGUUGACUAUCAAGAAAAGCAAUAUGCUCAAGGAAUGAUUCCCACAACAUUUAUGCGGAGGGAGGGUGCCCCUAAAGAACGGGAGCUUCUCUGUGGCCGCCUUAUAGAUCGACCUAUCCGACCACUAUUUCCUUCAGGCUUUUUUCAUGAAGUCCAGGUCACGGUAAAUGUUCUUUCUUCAGAUGGGAAGCAAGACCCAGAUGUUAUGGCUGCUAAUGCUACUUCUGCUGCUCUUAUGUUAUCUGAUAUUCCAUGGAAUGGCCCGAUUGGGGUGAUCCGUGUUGGGAGGAUUGAUGGGAAAUUUGUCUUUAACCCUACAAUGGAUGAGUUGAGCUCGAGUGAUCUCAACUUGGUGUAUGCAUGUACACGGGAUAGAACAUUGAUGAUAGAUGUACAGGCCCGUGAGAUUACAGAAAGAGACCUUCAAACUGGAUUACGACUUGCACAUCCUGAGGCAGUCAAGUACAUUGAACCUCAAAUUAGAUUGGCCGAGAAAGUUGGUAAACGGAAGAAAGAAUAUAAAUUAUCAUUGAUUUCGGAUAGAUCUUUUGAGAAAAUCAAGAACUUAUCAGAAGCACGUAUUGAAGAAGUCUUCACAGAUUCAACAUACGGCAAGUUUGAGCGCGGGGAAGCUUUGGAUAAAAUUACUCAAACUGUUAAGUCAAACCUUGAAGAAGAGUGUGAUGAGGAGAGCUUGAAAUUUCUUCCAAAGGCCAUCGACACAGUACGAAAACAGAUCAUUCGUCACAGAAUCAUUGAAAAAGGUCUUAGAGUUGAUGGUAGGCAGCUUGACGAAGUUAGACCGCUGUAUUGUGAAUCUGGUACAUAUCCAAUUUUGCAUGGAUCUGCACUCUUCUCACGUGGAGACACUCAGGUUUUGUGCACAGUUACCCUUGGGGCUCCUGGAGAUGCUCAAAGACUCGACUCAAUUGUGGGUCCACCAACAAAGCGUUUCAUGCUUCACUACAGUUUUCCACCAUUCUCAAUUAAUGAAGUUGCCAAGCGUGGUGGCUUGAAUAGACGGGAAGUUGGACAUGGCACUCUUGCAGAGAAGGCUUUGCUUGCUGUUCUGCCUCCAGAAAAUGAUUUUCCAUAUGCUGUUCGGGUAAAUUCAGAAGUCAUGGCAUCUGAUGGUUCAACAUCAAUGGCAAGUGUAUGUGGAGGAAGCAUUGCUUUAAUGGAUGCUGGCAUACCUGUAAGGGAACAUGUUGCUGGUGUUUCAGUCGGUCUUGUUAGUAAAGUGGACCCCGCAACUGGAGACAUUACUGACUAUCGUAUACUCACAGAUAUACUGGGCCUGGAAGAUCACCUUGGGGACAUGGAUUUCAAAAUUGCAGGAACAAGAAAAGGAAUUACUGCUAUUCAAUUAGAUAUUAAACCAGCUGGUAUACCAUUGGACAUUAUCUGUGAAAGUUUAGAACCUGCACGCACGGGGCGAAACCAAAUUCUUGAUCGCAUGGAGCAGGAAAUAAGUGCUGCGCGGACCCUCAAUGACACAAAUACCCCUCGAUUAGCUACAUUGAAAUUCAGCAAUGAUUCUCUUCGAAGAUUGCUUGUUCAGAGAAAAAGAAUUGAACAAGAAGCAGGUGCAAGGAUUUCUGUUAGUGAUGGGACGGUUACCAUAGUUGCUAAAACUCAAUCAGUUAUGGAAAGAGCUCUGGAAAAGGUUGAAUUUCUUGUCGGUCGUGAAAUUGAAGUUGGCAGGGUCUAUAAAGGUGUCGUAUAUUCAAUCAAAGAGUAUGGUGCAUUUGUGGAAUUUAAUGGUGGUCAACAUGGUCUACUUCAUAUUUCUGAGCUUUCACAUGAAGCGGUGUCAAAAGUCUCUGAUGUUGUAUCUAUUGGCCAAGAGCUAUCAUUAAUGUGCAUAGGGCAGGAUGUAAGAGGUAACAUUAAGCUCUCGCUAAAGGCUACUCGCCCUCAGCACGAGAAGAAGACUUCAGAAGGUCCUGAUUCGAAUUCAACUGUUCCGCCAAAACAGCAAGUUAAUGUUUGGGCGUCUGUGGAGAAUGCCCCUGCCGAUUCAGAUAAUCUGGAGUCGUCCAGUGGGGACGAUGAAAGCGAACCUAAUGAGGAAGAACCUUUAAAACAGUCCACUCCAUCUAUAGUGAUCCGAAGUGCCGCUGAAUGUGAUGCUCAGGAUAUUGCUUCUGGCCAGACUAUUAACAAGAAAUCAUCAAAGGCUACAAAGUCUUCUCCCAGGCCUUACAGUAAUACAGAUGCUGGGAGGAGCCGGGAGGUUGGGGUAUCAGCUAAAUCAACUAGUAGAAAGGCUGUAAAUUCGAUCGAGAGGAAGAUGAAAAAAGCGGAAGAAGCUCCAAAGAAAGGUGAUUUAGAUGGUACAACCAGAUCCUCCACAUCUAGUUUUAGAUCAGGAUCACUAAAGCUGGGAGACAGAGUAUUGGCGAAGGUAUAUCAGGUUCGCGCACAUGGUUUAGUACUUGAAUUGAGCGAUGGAGUCCGCGGAAUGUAUAAAUUUGAGAUGAAUGGCAGAAGGGAUUUCGAGGUGGAAGAGGAGAUACAUGUGGAGUGCUCGAGCUUCUCGACUAAGGGAAUUCCCGUCUUUUCAUUGGUGAAGGAAUGAAUGAGAUAGCGCAGAUGGUUCCAUUUUCUGGUUGAAAAUAUCUGAGAGCUUUGAAAACUACGCGGUGAUAAUUUUAUUGAAAGAGGAGGACCACUAAUAGUUUUGGCUGUGAACUUCAGCUUCAACUCAAUAGCAGUUCGCAAAGUUAUCCGAAGGUAUCUGACGAAUUGCAUAUUCGCCGACAAAUGCUCAAGUUUUUGGCAGUUCCUGCGUGAUCUUAGAUUCUGCUGCGAGUAAAUGGCAACUGGUUUGUCGAAAAAGAAUCAGCUCCACACUACAGCAGAUCACUAUUAGAUACUACCACUGUGUUAUCAUGGAAUUUUUGUGUGGAAUUGUAUCAUUCUUUUUAUAUCAACUCAUGUAUCAUAAAUUUAUUUAUUGUCGAAAAUAGGUAGGAAAAUCAUAAUUGGAGUAUUAUAAUUUUUUUUUUCUUCAUUAUUUUUUGAUUAGUCUCUGACAUUAGUAUAUGGACCUUAACUGAUCAACAUCUGGUGUGCCCUGAAAAAUUUUAUUUCCUAAUUAACAUCAAGGUGAGAAGUUGUAGGAGGAUCCUCUCAACUAUGGUACCUACCUCUUUUUUGUUUUUUU